CCGACUGCGAGAGAGAGAGAGGGAGAGAGAGGUCGGAGAAGCGAACGCCCAAUCGCCCACGCUUCCACAUCCCCCUCCACGAGGAAAGGAAGGAAACCCUAGGCAACGACCAUGGCGCUGCUCCCGCGCACGGCCCGGCUGGCCCUCCUCUCCGCCCCUCGGACGUAUUCCGCCGCCGCGGCGGCGGGCGCCUCGCCGACCCCACCGGCGCCCUACGCGGGCGUGCCCCCGCCGGCGGCCGGGUCCAAGGCGGCCGAGUUCGUGGUCUCCAAGGUGGACGACCUCAUGAACUGGGCGCGCCGGGGCUCGAUCUGGCCGAUGACCUUCGGGCUGGCCUGCUGCGCCGUCGAGAUGAUGCACGCCGGCGCGGCCCGCUACGACUUCGACCGAUUCGGCGUCAUCUUCCGCCCGUCCCCGCGCCAGUCGGACUGCAUGAUUGUCGCCGGCACGCUCACCAACAAGAUGGCGCCCGCCCUCCGCAAGUCGGUACCAAACUCCCUCCUCCGUAGCUGCUCAGAUUUCCAUGCGUGCGCCCGAUUUGGGGUUUAUGACCAGAUGCCCGAGCCACGAUGGGUGAUUUCGAUGGGAAGCUGUGCCAAUGGUGGUGGAUACUACCACUACUCCUACUCUGUUGUGCGUGGAUGCGACCGCAUUGUUCCGGUGGACAUCUACGUCCCUGGGUGCCCUCCAACUGCUGAGGCCCUACUGUACGGGGUUCUCCAGCUCCAGAAGAAGAUCAACAGGCGCAAGGAUUUCCUUCACUGGUGGACCAAGUGAUGUGGUGGAGUUUGUUACUGUUCUGGCUUGUUAUUUGUUUUUUUAUUCUGCCUCCUCAACUGAAAUAAGGACGUGCAAAACUUACUCUUGUUUGUGUCCGGGAGGAUGUUGUAUGCCUGGGCUAUGCCGAUGAGCAUGGACUCUGUGUACCUGGUGUUGCUGUAACUGGUUUUUGUUCUACAUAUUGUAAUACACCUCGAUGACUUGGUUGUGUAUGAA